ACCCUCUGGCCGACUCCGCGGCGGCGGCGGCCUGGGCGGACAGUGUGUAGUGCGCAGGCGCGGAGAAUAGACCUCGCUGCCGCUCCCAUUGCCUCGGGGAGUCGCACCCACGGAGUCCGCCUGCUGGCCAGUCAGUGCUAUCCUCCUGACCCGCCCUCCCCGGCUCCCCCAGCACCCUACGUGCCCCAAUGGCGGAGCUGCGGCCUAGCGGUGCCCCCGGCCCCACUGCGUCCCCGGCCCCUGGCCCUACUGCCCCCCCGGUAUUUGCCUCCCUCUUUCCCCCGGGACUGCACGCUAUCUACGGAGAGUGCCGCCGCCUUUAUCCCGAUCAGCCGAAUCCUCUCCAGGUUACUGCUAUCGUCAAGUACUGGUUGGGCGGCCCAGACCCCUUGGACUAUGUUAGCAUGUAUAGGAAUGUGGGGAGCCCCUCUGUCAACAUCCCCGAGCACUGGCACUACAUCAGCUUCGGCCUGAGCGAUCUCUAUGGUGACAGCAGAGUCCAUGAGUUUACGGGAACAGACGGACCUAGCGGUUUUGGCUUUGAGUUGACAUUUCGUCUGAAGAGAGAAACAGGGGAGUCUGCCCCACCAACAUGGCCAGCGGAGCUGAUGCAGGGCUUGGCCAGAUACGUGUUCCAGUCAGAGAACACCUUCUGCAGUGGGGAUCAUGUGUCUUGGCACAGCCCUUUGGAUAACAGCGAGUCAAGAAUUCAGCACAUGCUGCUGACGGAGGACCCGCAAAUGCAACCUGUGCAAACACCCUUUGGGGUCGUUACCUUCCUCCAGAUUGUUGGCGUCUGUACUGAGGAGCUGCACGCGGCCCAGCAGUGGAAUGGGCAGGGCAUCCUGGAGCUGCUGCGGACGGUGCCCAUUGCCGGCGGCCCCUGGCUGAUAACUGAUAUGCGGAGGGGAGAGACCAUAUUUGAGAUCGAUCCACACCUGCAAGAGAGAGUUGACAAAGGCAUCGAGACAGACGGCUCCAACCUGAGCGGUGUCAGCGCCAAGUGUGCCUGGGAUGACCUGAGCCGGCCCCCUGAGGAUGACGAGGACAGCCGGAGCAUCUGUAUCGGCACACAGCCCCGGCGGCUCUCUGGCAAAGACACGGAGCAGAUCCGGGAGACCCUGAGGAGAGGACUUGAGAUCAACAGCAAACCCGUUCUCCCACCAAUCAACCCUCAGCGCCAGAAUGGCCUCACCCACGACCGGGCCCCGAGCCGCAAAGACAGUCUGGAAAGCGACAGCUCCACAGCUAUUAUUCCCCAUGAGCUGAUCCGCACGCGGCAGCUCGAGAGUGUACACCUGAAGUUCAACCAGGAGUCAGGGGCCCUCAUUCCUCUCUGCCUAAGGGGCAGACUCCUGCAUGGACGGCACUUUACAUAUAAAAGUAUCACUGGUGACAUGGCCAUCACAUUUGUCUCCACGGGAGUGGAAGGCGCCUUUGCCACUGAGGAGCAUCCUUACGCGGCUCAUGGACCCUGGUUACAAAUUCUGUUGACUGAAGAGUUUGUAGAGAAAAUGUUGGAGGACUUAGAAGAUUUGACUUCUCCAGAGGAAUUCAAACUUCCCAAAGAGUACAGCUGGCCCGAGAAGAAGCUGAAAGUCUCCAUCCUGCCUGAUGUGGUGUUCGACAGUCCACUGCACUAGCCUGGGCUGGGCCCUGCAGGGGCCAAGGGGGAACCCAGCUGCUCCCCAGUGACUUCCAGUGUAACAACUGCAGAAAAGAGAGUCCCACAAAUAAAAGGAGACACGUGAGGAUUACUGCGCAGCCACUGCACCUGGUGCCUGGUGGGAUGUCGUGCCCAGGCCUGGGCCCCCACUGACCUCCACUUCCGGGGCCUCAUCCACCCAGCUGGCCAAGCCCGUGUGACCAGGCUAAGGCCCCACUCGCCAGUGAGCGGGUAAAUGCAAACCUUCCCCUUCUGCUGCCGCUCCAGGUUCUGGUUUGAGGUUUGACUUUGCACCCUUGAUGUGCCCCUAGGUUGAGACAGGCUUCACUAUCACCUACCCCGGCAGGGAAGUAGGGACCCACCAAUGCCAAGUGCAGACAUGGGUGCGCUGCCUAGCUCAGCUCUGGAAAGCCUUGGUAGUCAAGCUCCUCUGGCCACAGAACAAUUUCUCCCAUCAUGUUUGGUUUUCUUCCUCAUUUGGUUUUUUAGAAACCGGAUAGCAUUUUAUUGCUGUACGAAGAUGUCGAGAAGCGGUGUAUAUAACGUUUUUUAAACA